AUGGUUUCUGUUUCAAAAGCUUGUUUACUUAUGUUUAUCACUUUUUGCUCCUUCACUUCUUCUCACGCCAAUGUAAUAUGCGAGGAUAUACCGGACGACAUGUGCUCGUUCUCAAUCUCGGCCUUGGGAAAACGAUGUGUGCUAGAGACGGAGGUAAGGCAGACCGGUGGGAUUAAUUAUCGGUGCCGGAGUUCUGAGGUCGACGUUGAUGUUACAUUGGCUAAUUACAUCGAGACAGAUGAAUGUGUCAACGCGUGCGGUGUGGAUAGGAGAUCUGUUGGAAUUUCAUCAGAUGCUCUUCUCGAGCCAGGCUUUGCCGUCAAGCUUUGCACUCCUGAAUGUCUCGAAGACUGCCCUAACAUUGCUGAUCUCUAUUCUAAUCUUGUCGCUGCAGAAGGUUCAUUUUUGCCUGAUUUGUGUGCGGCGAGGCGGAACAACCCUCAUCGUUCAAUGUUCGAAAUCCUUAGCUCUGGAGCCUCUCUUGGAUCGUUUCCUGGAGAACUAUCGGAGUCCCCUACGGAUGCCCCAGCUUAUAGCCCCGUUGCUAUAUGACAUAUAUACCU